CCUCCUCUGCCUCCUGCUGUGCUGCGGUGCAGCCAGCAAGCCAGAGGUCUCCAUGCCAGCGGUGCUGGAAGUGGAGAUCGGGAGCACGGCCAGGCUGGAGUGCAGCUUCUCCGUCCCUGAAAACAGCUCCUACACCUCCAUCGAGUGGUUCUUUGUGAAUGCUGUGGGGUUGGGUGGCCAACCUGGGGCUGCCCCCGAGGUUCUGCAUCAGGCUCGUCCCCAAAUCAACCGCGGUCACUCCAGGCGGGUGAGGCUGUGCCUCAUCACCACCAGUGGGUUGCAGGUAGACGACACGGAGUACAAGGAGCGGCUGUCGGUGGGGGAGGACAAGGCCCUGUCCAUCAGCAGGGUGACAAGGCAAGACGACGCCAGGACCUUCAUCUGCCAGGUUGGGGCGGGCAGCCAGGGCGUGGGGGAGAACUACACCGAGCUCUACACCUACAAGAUCCCUACCGUCCCUGAGAUCACGCCCAACUCGGCCGGCAUCCCGGCUCACAGCAAUGACAUGCCAGAGAUUGCCAAGUGCACGAGCGAGAACAGCUUCCCAUCCCCCAACAUCACCUGGUACAAGAACGGGGAGCAGCUGCUGCCGGAGGAGGACAAGACAAAGGUCCUGACCACGGUGGUCCGCCAGUCGAAUGGGCUGUACACGGUGGUCAGCACCCUCUUCACCAAGGUGACACGGGAGGACCGCAGCUCCGUCUUCCACUGCACCGUGCACUACUGGCUGCAGGGACAGAUGCGCACGGUGGACUCUCCGCGGGUGAACAUCACCGUGUUCUACCCCACACAGCGCGUGGAGCUGCGCGUGGUGAGCGGCUCGGGGAUGGUGAAGGAAGGGGACGACGUGAAGUUGGUCUGUGAUGCCGAUGGGAACCCGGCACCCGUCUUCAGCUUCUUCAAGAGAGAGCCAGAGGACAACUGGCAGGAUGUGAGCUCGCUGGCGGACACCAACAACGGGGUGCUGAUGCUGCACGAGGUCAACAAGAGCAGCAGCGGUCUGUACAGGUGCCAGACGCUGGACUUGGACGAUAUGACGCUGCACGAGGGGGAUGCGGAGCUCGUGGUGAACUACAUCGAAGGGGUCCACGUGAAGGUGGAGCCGUCCUCACCCCUUCACGAAGGGGACACCGUGAGGCUGAGCUGCAACGCCCACAGCCCCGUGGCCCUGGAUUACCAAUGGAGGGAUGCGAAGGGCAAGAAGAUGGUGGAAGGGAAACAGCUCCUCCUGAGCAACCUCACCUUCGAGAACUCCGGCAACUUCAGCUGCAGGGUGCAGGCUCGCAGCGUGCCGGGGCUGGAGCAGAGCAAGCAGGUGGCCGUGGCCGUGCAGGGGAAGCCGCGCAUCGUGGACAUCAGCUCCCCGCUGUACGUGCGGCAGGACGAGGUGGUCAACCUGACCUGCAAGGCCAUCGCCUUCCCCCGGCCCUCCAUCCACUGGAGCAUCAACGGGACGACCCAUGAGUACAUGGAGAACCAGCGCGUCGCCAGCAACCUGACGGUGCGCGUGAGCCACGACCUGCUGCGGGCGGGAGCCAUGUGCCGGGUGUCCAACGCGCUGGGGAUCAGCGAGAAGCACAUCCAGCUGCUGGAUCAAAAGCCAUCAGAGAGCAAAGGCAUCAUCAUCGUGGCCAUCAUCGUCUGCAUCCUCGUGGUGGCCGUGCUGGGCUCCAUCAUCUACUUCCUGCACAAGAAAGGCAAGAUCUCAUGUGGCCGCAGCGGCAAACAGGACAUCACAAAGCCAGAGGCCCGUAAAGACAAGAAUGUAGUUGAAGUUAAGUCAGAUAAACUUUCCGAAGAGGCGGGGCUCCUGCAGGGUGCCAACGGCGAGAAGAGGUCGGCUGCUGACCAGAGCGAGAAAUACAUCGAUCUGAGAAACUAGAGAGGGCAAUCUCCUAAGUGCUUUCUUCCUUCGAACCUUUUCCUGCUCUUGGAUGGCCUUGUCCCACCCUGCCCCAGCACCUGGGGGGCACAGCCAGAGGCAGCGUCCCCCCCGGCAGCUCACAGCGGGCUGGCGGGUUGUCGGCUCGGCAGCAGACUUCGCUUACUGCUACAGAGAAGCCAGCAG